AUGUCGACACAGACAACGCAGACAACCGCCGUCAAGCGGAAUUCCGCAGAUUCCAUGGUGUCCACCUGGCGCCAUGACCGAUCUCAGUGGCAAUUCUGGCACUGGAUGAUUGAGCUCCUGGGCUUACACCUCGUGGACCUCGAUGGAGAAGUGCCAGUUUUCUCCAAGACAGAGAAAAUUCACUCCACCCGAGAAUGGACAGUCCACCUAUGGAUUCUACUACACGCUGCGAUCCCGCUCGCGCUUCACCACGCGUAUACGACUUACACAGGCCAGAAUCUCAAUAUUUUCGCUGCGUUCGCAUUGUACUCCAGUGCUUUCAAAUUAAACGGCAUCCACGAAAUGCACAUCAUGCGCCGCCUAGGUCAACGGUAUGGAUUUUUGGAUGGUGAUAAACAUCCACGGGAUGAAAUACCCGACGUUGGUGUUGGCAAGGUUAUGCGAGAGCUUAUGUCCACUUCAUCAUUCCGCGUGAUAAUGGCCAUAUACCUUACCUACCAACCGAGUGAGACACCUUCAUCGAUGCAGUGGAAAUGGUUACCUUUGGAGAUCGGCCUCUACAGCAUCACAGUCGACUUUUGGUUUUACUGGUACCACCGUUUGAUGCACUCGAUGGGUCCGUUGUGGAAAUUCCACCGUCGUCACCACCUCACAAAGCAUCCUAAUCCCUUGCUCUCUGCCUACGCCGAUCAUGAGCAAGAGUUUAUGGACAUCACUGGCAUUCCGCUGCUUGCUUAUACCACGUUGAAGAUUCUUGGAGUGCCUAUGGGAUUUUACGAGUGGUGGAUCUGCUUCCAAUACAUUGCCUUCUCGGAGUUCAUGGGACAUAGUGGUCUCCGAAUCCAUGGCGGUGCACCCUCUACUUUGAAUUGGCUGCUGGAACUUUUUGAUGCGGAGUUGGUGAUUGAGGACCAUGAUCUUCACCACCGCUAUGGAUGGAGAAAGAGUCACAAUUACGGCAAGCAAACUCGCUUUUGGGACAAAAUAUUUGGAACUUGCCAUGACCGCAUUGAGAGCGUGAAAGGGAAUGUCGAUUACGCAAAUCGUGUAACAAUGCCUCUUUUAUAA